GUGGGCGGCAGUGUUGUCCAGGGCCGCAGUCUGCGCCGAGGCGACGUGCCGCGCGCUCUCUCUUUCUCUCUACUCUACUCUACUCUUUCUCUCACUGUCUCGCUCCUCCGAGAGGCGUCCCUCUCACCGCCUCCUUCUCUCCGCUUCCUUCUCUCCGUCGCCGCUGUUGUUGCACCGCCGCUCACGGCCGCGUGGAGUCGCCUGCUCCGGACCGUCGUCGAAGCUGCUGCCGCCACCGCCGCCGAGACAUAUGCUCGGGUCGUGCCGCGCGAGUGUGGGAUGACGAGCAGCCGCCGCUGGCGAUGCCGGCCUGCUGUCAGUGACUCGCCGCCGCCGAGGAGCCCGCGCAAGUAUGCGGGCUGGCUCUUCCCGUGAUUGCUUGUGUUCCCGUCGUUGUUAUUGUCAUCGCCGCCGUCGUCGUGAGCCCUGCCGACUGCACGUUACCGAGGAGAGGACCGAGGCUGCGCACGCCAGAGAGCCCAGCAUCAGUCCAGCAGCAGCGACGCACCUGCGCGGGUUCGCCAGGCCACUAGCCACCGCAGCAACGGCAGCGACCAAUGAAGGCUGGGAUAGUGAUCGAGGAGGAGGAGGAGCAGCAGCAGCCGCAGCAGCAGCAUCAGUAUCAGCAGCAGCAGUAGCAGAGAAAUUCACGGUGCCAUACAUUGCCGACCAGUCGAAUCACCGCACAAGACUGCGCAGGGCGCACGUUCAUUUCCACUAACGCGCGUUCAUCGGAGAAUUAGUUCACAGAAUCCGAGAGGGAGAGAAAGAAACGCGAGAAUCGGAGGAAGUCGCGAGAAGUUCCUAACCAGCUUCCCGGUUAGUACAAAGACACAGCAACAGAAAGUCGAAGUCAGUGCGCGUGUGUGCUUCUA